AUGAUAAAUACAGAGAAAUCAUCAAAGGAGAUGAUUUUUAAAUUUCAUAAUAAGGUACGAAAAGAUGUACUGAAAGGUGUUUUAUCAGAUCAACCUAAAGCGAAAAAGAUGCCUAAACUUAAAUGGAAUAAACUUUUAGCUGAAAAAGCUAAAGAUCAUGUUAAAAAAUGUAUAUUGGAUAGUGGAAAUCUUGGAGAUUUAUACGUUGGUAAAUUUGAUUCUGUUGGACAAACUGUAGCAGAACAUACAACAAUACAAAAUAUACUGGAUACUUGGUUAGAAGAAAAAAAUGAUUAUAAUUUCGAGAAGAAUACAUGUGAAGAAGAAUGUGGGAAUUAUAAACAAAUAGUAUGGGCAAACACUACAGACAUUGGCUGUGCUUCAAAUAAAUGUGGUAACAGGUAUAUGGUUGUAUGUAAUUACGCUCCAGGGGCUGAUGAUGAAAGGCCAUAUGAAAAGGAUUCAUAA